AAGAGUCGGUUAUAUAGUAAAUAGCCAAAAUGUGGACAGUGUGGAAGCUAUCUUUGAUGUGCACUCAUAUUCUCGAAAUACAUAGACUAUUGUAUGCAGUAAACAUUUUCUACUCCGAACACUACUUAAAAAUUAGCAGAUUUUAAAAGAUUUGAGAAAUGGAUCCCGCUUCAAGUAUCGUGGAAAAAGUAGUUGAAACAAAAAAUGGAACGCAAGAAGUUGACGCUGGUGUAAUCGAAAUGGCUACCAAAAAUAUUGACAACUCAGUCGAAAGUCCUUUGGAAUCAAAUAUUGGCAGUAAUGUAGGUCAGAGCAUUACUUCCACAGAUGAUAACGACGAUGCCGAUUUAGUAAUUGAAGAAAGCGAAUCUGAUGAACAUAGUUCAGAUGGCGAAAGAACUGCAGAUGUAGCAGAAACUGAGGAUUUAAUCAAGGUUGCUGAAAUUGAUAAGCCGUCAUUGUCAUCAGAUGCGAAUAGCACUGCUGAAAUAAAUGGAAGCGCAGAAAUUGAAUCUGAGGAUCCUACUGUAGAAGACUCAUCUAUCAAAUCAGACCCAGAAACUUCGGUUUUAGACAGUACAAAAGCCGAUAAACGCUCCACCGUUUCUGAGGAGAAUCCAAAUGUGGAAGUAAUAGAUGAGAAUAUUGUUAUUGUAAGCACAUCUGAUGCUAGAAUGGCAAAUGUUCCACAAGAGACAUCAAAAAUUAUAAUUGAAGGCGAUGAAGUUAAAAGGACUGAAGAAGUGGCAUUAAAAGAUUGCACAGAAUCGUUGACGGAAAAAGGUGCCAAGGAACCUACAACAUGUGAACUGACUGCCGAAAACACUAAAAACGAAGUUUUUUCUCCUAUUGAAAAUGUUAAUGAAUUAAAAGAACUUGGUAAAAAUGCUGUCGAAAACAAAGAUGUAAAAUUGUUUCAAGAGACCCAGCAAGGAAGGGAGGCGAAUGAAAUCACUGAUCAAUCUGAGCUCUUAAAUGACAACAUUAGAGACAGGGAACACUUAAGAUUGUCUAAUCAGACCGACUUUAAUAAUCAAAUUCUGGACAUUAUAUCGGACAUUGAUAUAAACAUAAAGGCCCAGGAAAAAAUAACUCAGCUUAAAGAGCAAGAACUGAAACUUAUACAGAAACAGAACGAGCUGGCUAAUCAAAUCCACCAGCAACAAAUCUUAGCUCAGCAACUGAAUGCCAAAAAUACAAUUAAACAAAGUCAAUUUCAAAGUGAUAAGUUUGACUCAAAGUGCCAACAACAAAAUGAUCGUGAUGUAUCAACCUUGACACUAAAUCAAAAUAAUGUCAUCAGCAAAGAACACACAGAUAUACCGAAGACUAUUGAUUUGCGCAAAAUAUUUACUCCUGCGACCGAUGCUACUGAAAUAUUGCCGAAAAAUCGAAAGCUAUAUGCCUCGUCUGCAUUUUAUUCUCCAACACUACACCCUACUGUGGAAGACCAAGUUGAGCUAGCACGAAGAAUAUCACAUUCAUUAAGUGAUAUUAGUAACCAAACCUCUAAGGGUCAGUCAAUGUAUGUCAAUCGAAAAAAACGCUCAGACAAAUGGGUUCAUGAAGGUAGAUCUCAAGGGAAUGAGUGCUCAAGUGACGCUGUAGAUCCAUAUAAAGAGAAUUCCGAAACAAAUUCCACAUUGGAACUUACAAAGUUGGAAAAAAUACCGCUAAAGCUUAUAAUGAACCCAAACGGAAAAGUCCGUGAUUAUAAUUCGCUCAAAGAAUUGAUUAACGUUGAAACUGGCCUACUAUCGCCUGAUAAUUGCGCUGAACUAAUAACUGCACUUCAACUUCAUCAAGGACGAGGCGCCGAACUGUUUGCAAAACGCCGCAGAAAGGCUGAUAAUUGGAUUGUCGAUGAAACCAACUUAGAGACUCAAAAUCCUCCAUCUGGUAUUCCAGAUUACCAGCAGUAUCAACAAAAACCGGCUAUAUCACCGAACAUUUUGCCGGCAUAUUCUGAUGCGGGAAAACAUCGCGUUCAGUUGAAUAUUCAUCAAAAUCAGUUAAUUGAAAAGUAUUCAAAGCCGGGAUUGCAGGUGGUUCAGUCUCCUUGGGAUGCAGCUUUACAAACUGGUUCAGCCAGUACAGCGUUUUUGGAAGAUAAGGAUACCAAAAGUCAAUGUUUCUCACCUGCUGCCGUAUCACCCACUCCGUACUUCCAAAGUGGUAGAAGGGAUUUUACGGAUGCUGUGGAACCUACGCACUAUAGUCCUCAGAAGGAUUAUAAUAAUGCCAUUGCUUCUCCACCGCAAUCAACCAAUGUACCCUCGAACCCCCAAAGGGAGCUUGCAUACACACCAUCCGUUGCUCAGGGCUGGGGAGGUCGCAAUGUGGAACUACCAAAAGAAUCUUUGCAAUCUAACAAAAAUGAAUCAUCGCGACAGACUCGCCCACAAUUUUAUUUUAAUGGAGAUAACCUUACUUCCAAUUUCGCUAAAGAUGUGCAGAGUCGAUUAUAUGAACUCGAAAAAUUUCAAAAAUUAUUUUUGGAACACCAGCGCCUUCAAAUAGAAAUAUUACGGAACCAAGAAAGUGCCCAAGAAAUACGUUCAACCCUUCUGCCUCAGGCUUAUCAAAGCUGCAAAGACUUUAUGAAAAAAUUUGGAGUUGAACUAAGUGAUGAUGACCAGAAAGUCAAAGAUGACCUAGAUGAAAAAUUAAAUGUCCGAGAAUUAAUACAAUCUUUUGAACAACAGAAGUUAUCGGAACUAAGCCAUUGUCAGGACGGCCUAAAAUACGACAAUAAAGGCUUAUAUGUACCGAAAGAGAUAUCUCUUUCAAGCUACGCAGCACCUCCACAGCAGUACGCCGGGAACAAUGAACAUUUUGAAUCACCAAACAAUGGCUCUGUUUCGCGUCCUUUACCAAGGACUAACUUCUCUGCUUUUCAAAGUACGGUUGGAAACAAUGGCACUGGCCAGUUUCCAUUAUCAAAGCCAUUGUCACCUGGGUUUAGCACUGUACCGCCAAAGCAGCAGCUUUACUCGCCGUCUAGCUAUCAAAGAAUCCCAAUUGGAUCCGAAAACGUCGCGCCUCAGGUUAGCUUUAACCCUGCGCCUUUGACCUUUGAUAAACUGGCAAGGUAUGAACAACCUGACAGAAAGAAUUCGACCAGUACAAGUUCACAGUACCUAAAUGUGCAACAAAAUUCGCAAGUGCGUAAUGCUUCGCCAACACCAUUUGGAAUUGUACUUAAUGAGCAUACGUCAGGAUCUCCAAGUUCAGCAGGGUCAAUUGGAUCUCCGUACCGUCAGCUGUUACCAACUGGUUCUCCUAGAGGUGGCCCAUCAAUUGGCAGGCCGACUUCUCCACUGGCGAACAAGGGUCAAAUCUUUAACCAAUGUGCCAGAGGCUGGGGCGCUAUUCCAGACAAACAACAGACCUAUCAAAGUCAAUUCUCCUCACCAACAACUGGAAACUUACCAUACACUGAUUUUUAGAUAUUGCUCCAGCAACUUAACGAUUUACGACACAUUUACUUAAAAUUUUAUUUAUAUUAUUUCAUAUUUUAUGUGUUCUGUUUAUUUGACUUUGUAAAAUAAUAAUGGCACUACAUCGGAGUACGAAUGAAAUUAUUUCAUUUUUUUAAA